AGGCGGUGGUGCCUACGCAGGGGGUGUCCGCCAGUGGGGCAACCUGGGCUGGGGUGGAGGCGGGUCCGGAGAGGUACUCCAAGUAGAAGAGAACCAUUAUGACUCGGAAGCAAGGAAGUAAAGAGUGUGCAGGACAGAGAAAAGUUAAUGAUGAGGAGCUGGAAAGAGAUGGAGGGGACUUCUUAACAUUGGCCUAAGCAGAGGAGCUUGACUCCUACCAUGCCACGCAGCAGAAGAGGAGAACAGUGAGGAGAGUGAUUGGGCAAUAAGUUGUAGUUGCAAUUCAUCUUUUGCCUUUGCACGGCUAGAAAGCAUUGCAGAAUCUGAAAGGGAUACCCAGGUACAGGGGAUGAGCAUCAGAGACUUGUAUUCGGGGGUAAGUCCAUCCACUAUAGCCCUUUCAACGGCAAACCAUGCAAAACCCCCCCCUGAAUUCACCCUUGUGGACUAUGGAGUAUGCAUAUUGUUGUUGGUGUUAUCGCUUGCAAUCGGGCUGUACUAUGCACGUCGAGGCAGAGGUCAAAACACAGUCCGCCAGUUCCUGUUGGCUAACCGUAGCAUGGGCUCCCUACCUGUGGCACUAUCUCUUCUUGCCACCUUUCAGUCAGCUGUGGCUGUCCUGGGAGUCCCUGGGGAGAUCUACCGUUUUGGCACCGAGUAUUGGUUCCUAGGCUGCUCCUACAUAAUAGGUCUGCUGGUGCCUGCCCAUAUCUUCAUACCCAUCUUCUACCGUCUGAAUAUCUCCAGUGCCUAUGAGUACCUGGAACUUCGUUUCACUAAGACUGUGCGACUGUGUGGAACCCUAACCUUCAUCUUUCAAAUGGUGAUCUAUAUGGGUGUUGUUCUGUAUGCCCCAGCCUUGGCACUCAAUGCAGUGACAGGCUUUGAUCUGUGGGGCUCAGUGCUGGCUCUAGGCAUUGUCUGUACUAUCUAUACUAGUCUGGGUGGGCUGAAAGCAGUCAUUUGGACAGAUGUGUUCCAGACAGUGGUCAUGUUCCUGGGACAGAUAGCCAUUGUCAUUGUUGGGGCUGCCAAGGUGGGCGGCUUGGGGCGUGUUUGGGAUGUGGCUUCACAGCAUGGCCGUAUCUCUGGGAUUGACCUGAAUCCAGACCCAUUUGUGCGGCACACCUUCUGGACGCUAGCUAUCGGGGGGAUAUUUAUGAUGCUUUCCUUAUAUGGAGUAAACCAGGCCCAGGUGCAGCGCUACCUCAGCUCCCACACCGAAAGAGCUGCUAUUCUUUCCUGCUAUGCCGUAUUCCCCUGCCAGCAGGUGACACUUUGCAUUGGCUCCCUCAUUGGUCUUGUCAUGUUUGUCUAUUACCUCGACUACCCCCUGAGUCCAGAACAAGCUCAGAUCUCCUCUGACCAGAUGGUCCUACACUUUGUGAUGGACAUCCUGGGGGGGCUUCCAGGCUUGCCUGGGCUCUUUGUUGCCUGUCUCUUCAGUGGUUCUCUCAGCACAAUCUCCUCAGCUUUUAAUUCACUUGCAACAGUCACCAUAGAAGAUCUGAUCCGGCCCCACUUCCCUGAAAUCUCAGAGGAGCGGGCCACCUUGAUUUCCAAAGGCCUUGCUGUAGCCUAUGGUCUAAUAUGUCUGGGAAUGGCCUAUGUCUCCUCCUUAAUGGGACCCGUGCUGCAGGCAGCAAUAAGCAUCUUUGGGAUGAUUGGGGGACCUCUGCUUGGAUUAUUCUGUCUUGGCAUUUUCUUUCCUUGUGCCAAUUCAACUGGUGCAGUGUUGGGUCUACUGGCUGGACUCAUCAUGGCCUUCUGGAUUGGCAUCGGGAAUAUGGUGAGCAACAUGACCUCGAAGAUAGUGGUUCCACCGCCCAAUGGCACUGGCUUGCCCUCUUAUAGAAACAUGACAAUUGUCACUGUGACCACACUGAUGCCCUUCACAGUAUCCCAGCCCACAGGAAUACAACGGUUCUAUAACCUGUCCUAUUUAUGGUAUAGUGCACAUAGUUCAACCACAGUCAUCAUCAUGGGACUGCUUGUCAGUCUUCUCACUGGUGGAACAAGGGGCCAGCCCCCAAACCCUCGGACAAUUUAUCCAGUGCUGCCACGACUAUUUGCCCUCCUGCCCAUCUCCUGUCGGAACCGCCUGCCCUGUCAGGGUUAUAACCAAGACCUCUCCUAUGAGACAGAUACAGUACCAGAGAAGAUGAGGAAUGGAAUGCUGACUAGCUAUGGGGAAGAGGAAGUGGUGGUAAUGCCUGAGCAAGGCCACAUCCAAGGGGACCAUGGUCAUACCUUCAUACUGCAGGAGACAUCACUGUGACAUGGGAACAGAACAGAAUCCACUGUCUCUGAUUCACCCUCUACUCAUGAGGCAAACACAUCAACCCCUUUCUCCUGCAGACCAAGAGCAGUCCUGUAUCCAUUCCAGUGGGGAUGUCUGAGUGCCAAAGGACCAUCUAUCUUACUACAUGAUGCACCCUAUAGGAUAGCUGGUGCCAUGAUUUCCAGUUACCGACCAUCUUGUUAUUUCUCAUUAUUGUUGGCCCUUCUUCAUGCCCUUAGCAGAAAAACAUCUAAAAUAUAAGAGGAGACAAUACAGUAUCCCCAGGGAAGAAGGCCUUCUUCAGGGAGAUUAAAAGAGAACUUGUUGGAGACUGGUUUAACUUAAGACCCUCUAUUUCCCACCCCCCACCCCACCAACACAGGACCUUGUUGUCAAGUUGCUAAUGACCUAAAGCCCCAACUUAAGCAUAGUCUGCACAAGACAGAGAGUUCUCCAGAGGUCAAGAAAAGCUGUGGUCUCCAGGAGCUCCCACUAGUGGAAGACCUUCCUGCUUUGCUAAAAGGUUUAUUAGGCCCUGUUGGAAUGAGAGGAAGUUUCUAGCACACUCUACAGGAGCGAGUAGUGAUAGGGCAGGCUCUGAUCAUCAGAAGCAAAAGCAAAGUGCACUGACCAGGCUGGUGGCUAACUCCUGCCCUCUGAUUUGGGGCUUAUACCUCUUGUUUCCUGAUUAUCAACUGCUCUGUCAUCCUACCUGAAUGUUCUGCCUCUUUUGGAGGCUUCUUCAUGUACCCACUUGCCCUGGGAAAUACAGUUCUUUUAAGUGGA